CACCCGCACAGACAACGACCACUUCGCGAGGCCAUCCUUACAGCAAAAGUCGCACGACGCGCCGGCGAGCGCAAAUUUCCUCAAUUGACGCUCCAUAUGUAUGCGCGACGACUCGAUCUGCGACGAUAAGCUUUCGCGCACGCGACUGCACACCCACGCGACCUGCCCGAAACCUGGACCCAAGACAUGUCAAUCGUGUUGACACGAGCGCCGCUAGAAGUCAUUGGAAUGAACGGAGGCGCUACUCAGAAAAGACGCAGUGCGCGACUGUCGGGCGAGGGCAACGGCGAGAAUGAACCACCGGCGAAGAAGGCGAAGGUCAAUGGAGGCACGACGACCACGAUAAAUACAAAACAACAAGAUGGCGAACCUAAGAAAGCUGCGAGUAGAAAGAAACGGCAAGAAUAUACCGAUCAAGCAGACGACUUCCAGUUCGCACGGAAAAGCAGUAAGCGGAAGAAGACCACCCAGGAUGCUGUUGUUCAUAGCAAUUUGGAAGCUGCACCAGCAGCUGAAAGUGCACCAGUGGCGGAGAAGGAAGAGCCUGCGCAGGCCGAGCCUCCAGCUGAGGAGCCAGCACCGAAAACCACGCAAAAGAAGACGCGAAGACGACUGCCAACGACACCUGAGCGCGAAGUUACCGAGAAGCCAUCCCGACGGAGCAAACGCCUGUCAGAUGAGAAGUCGACAGAAGCAGCAGCGCAACCCUCCCCACACAGGCGAGCCUACGCAAAGUCGCACGAGAAUGCGGAUCGUUCACCAAGUCCGGGGCGAGGACGUCCUCUUACGGUGGAGAAGAAGCGAUCACAGCCAGCUGAGGAGCGAAGAGAGACUCGAGUGAUGCAAAUUUCUUUACCUUUUGCCGAUACCCCCAUUCAACGGCGAAACAAGGAGAUGCGCAAGACGAGUGCGGAAAGCCAUCGGCGUAGCAGCACAGGAAUGCGUGGGAAACGGGCGAGUAGUGUUAUUGACGAAGGGCGAGGCAACGCUCUGCCGCAUACCGAAGUUCCGGCCAACGAGUUUUACAAGCAUAUAUCUGCAGACAUCACUGAACCUCGCCGCAUGCGAUCUCUGCUUGGGUGGUGCGGGACAAGACUGUUACCACCAAAACCUCACCCUCCAACUCAGAAUACCCCAUCGGCAAUGCUGGAAUUUCAAGCGCAGCAAGCAGCGCACGUCAUUCAAGAAGAGCUGUCACAAAGCCUGAUGACGAACGGAACACUGAGCGACUGGUUUUCGAGGGACGAGUCGAUUCCGCCUCAAAUACCUCUGCGCAAGAAAGCAAACCCUCGAAAUGUUGCCAAUGCUGCAAAAGCUGAAGAGCUGGAACGAGAAUUAGAACGAUUAAAGUCAGAGCGCGCCGAAUGGGAUGCUCUAACAAAAUCGGCGGCUUCUGUAACACUACAGCCCAGCAGCACCGAAGACCAACAACCUGCCGAAACGGGAAGUCUAUCACCAGUGCAUCCGGACCUACUCGAUAGUCCACAACGCAGGAUCUUUGAACAAUUAACUUCUUCGGAAGAUGCAACAGCCACAGUCGCCGACCCGGGGACAAUUCAAUCACGGCUGAAAACUAUCUCCGAAGACUUGGAAUUCGCGGUGGAUCAGUUCGCCCACGGGAUUCAUACUCUCAGCACGACGCGCGAAACUGCGGAGCGUGUGGCGGAGAAGUCUUUGGCGGAUGCUGCGAAUGUACUGGAGGAGAGGGAGAAGCUCAGAAACCAAGGAAGCCAGGCUGUAAAUCAGAUGGACGCGCUGAGGGGUUUGGCGAGGGUUUUGAAUUCGCAGCAGCAGCAAAGGCGGUAGCUGAAUCCGAAGUCUGCGACUUUGUAUCAGUGACUAAAUUACUGUUGCUAUGUGCAGGAAGGAGUUGCUCGUACAACUCUUCUUCUUGGCUGACCGUUAUCCAAGUUGGAAAAUGGAUGGCUAAGGCGGAAGAGGGAAUUUCAGCAGUGGACAACGGCAGACAGACAACUUUACGACAUGAAGAACGUGAUUCGUUUCCCGCAUGUGCUGUGCAGUGGCUGUGUUUCCAUUUUCUGUUCUCGUCAGGGUUGUUCGAUGAUAGGGC